CGUAAUGGUCGCAUCUGCCUGACAGACUAAACUCAGGGUUACAAAGUCCCUCUCCUCUGUCAGUCUGUCCGACAACUCGCCUGACUGAAAACACAGGAGCGACAGACGCCUCUACCAGUGAAGCAGAGUUGACGUGACAAAAAUCAGCUGCAAACAUCCUCUGUAGGGUUUCUUCAAAGGUUUCAACGGUGUACAUCUUUGUUCAGCGCGCUGUGUGCGUGUGUACGUGACAGAGCAGCAUGGACCCACGAAAAGUGGCAGAGUUAAAGGCCUUCGUGCAGAUGUGCGAGUCCAAUCCCCAAAUUUUGCACCUUCCAGAGAUGAGCUUCUUCCGGACCUGGUUGCAAGGAAUGGAUGCAACAAUCCCUCCCCCAGCCAAGACGAAGGAGUCAUGCCAGGGUGGCUGUCCUUGUGGUCCUUCUCCUACAUCAGCUCCAGCUCCUGAGCCGGAGCCUCCUGUACUGUCUUCGAGUGAGGAGAGUGAUAUAGAAAUAGACAAAGACGGAGUGAUCGAACCAGACACUGAUGAACCACAGGACAUGGGAGAGUUUGAAAACACUGAGGUCACAGAGGAGAUGAUGGACCAGGCCAGUGAGAAGAAGAUGGCGGCCAUUGACGCUCUUGGAGAAGGUGAUCUGCAAAAAGCUCUGGAUCUUUUUACUGAAGCCAUCAAGCUGAACCCCUGCGUAGCCAUCAUGUACGCCAAGAGGGCGAGUGUCUUUAUCCAGAUGCAGAAACCCAAUGCAGCCAUAAGAGACUGUGACAGAGCCAUCAGCAUCAACCCAGACUCUGCACAGCCGUACAAGUGGAGGGGAAAAGCUCACAGGCUGCUGGGCCACUGGGAGGAGGCAGCCAAGGACCUGGCCACAGCUUGUAAACUGGACUAUGACGAGGACGCCAGUGUAAUGCUGAAGGAGGUCCAGCCUAAGGCUAACAAAAUCAUUGAGCACAGACGCAAAUACGAGCGUAAGAGAGAAGAAAGGGAUGUCAAGCAGAAACAAGAGCGGAUAAAGAAAGCCAGAGAGGAGCAUGCACGGGCUCAGAGGGAGGAGGAAGGACGACAGUUUGGAGGAGGAUUCUUCCCAGGUCCUGCUGGAUUCCCAGGCGGAGCCCCUGCUGGCAUGCCUGGUCUCGGUGAACUCCUGAAGGAUCCUGAGCUGCUUAAUGCCAUGAAGGACCCUGAGGUGAUGACCGCCUUCCAGGAUGUGGCACAGAACCCGGCCAACAUCUCAAAGUACCAGAACAACCCCAAAAUCAUGGCGCUUGUCACCAAGCUGAGUUCCAAAUUUGGAGCUUCACCACAGCCAUAGACAGGACCAAAGACGAGAGGAUACAUGGUGAAACAAUCUGGAGAGAUCAAACAGGGGAGCAGGUGACGGGUUAAUUAGAGUCAUGUAGAGAAAGUGGGGCAACUUUUUUAAAUGUUCUUAUUCUGCCUGUUAGCACAUAGCAACGUCCCAACAAAUCAACCCGAUGGUUAGGUGUCAGGUCCGAUAACCUCCACUGACUCGUCUCAGCUGGGACUUUACUAAACCGCAGGUUGACAUUUCUUAACCUGUAUCUGAAAAA